AUGAACAACUGGAGCCUUCAACGAGAACCUCCAUUCGAAGCGGACAAAGCGGCAUAUAUUUCUCUAUCUAGUGAUGACAUAUCCGUUUCGUCCGACAACGAACUCCCUAGACAGGAUGACACCUGGGCUCCUGACUUUGACGGAGAAAUCCCCACGGAAGAUGUUAUAGGCAGGCUUCAAAAGAAGCAGAGAGUCCAUGGCUGGAGUGACACCCCUCUUACUCAAGAUUCCUUUGCGCCGUUUGUGUCCCUGGGCCCUGUUGCUUCACAAAUCCCCCAAAUUUCACAGGAUACGGAUUUGAUCCCAUCGGUAGAACCAGCAGACGACGAGACUGAUGCGUUGCUAUUACAAGUCUUUGACACAUUUCCAGAUAUCAGUCACACAUACGUCACUGAUCUAAUAGCUCGGCAUAGAGAUUUCCUGGCGCUUGACUCAGGUGUCAGUGCAAAUGGCAUCGACUUAGCAUUCUACAGAGAUGCUGUCUAUGAGGAAAUUCUGGCGCAGAAGUCAUACCCUAAACAAGACAAUGAGAAUGGGAAAAGAAAAAGGGAAGAAUCACACUCGAGCGAAAAUGGCUGGGAGUCAGACAAAACACACCAGACAAACGCGCAUAUAUAUUCGGAAGCAGCGGCCGCUGUUCUAGCAAACGAGUUUCCGUAUAUCCCCAUCCAAUACGUCAAGAAAAUCCUCCGAGAGAAGGAGCGCCUCUACCAUGCUUACCUGGCCCUUCGCUUAGACGAAACUCUGGUUGAGAAACGGAUGAAUCCAUACGUGAGGUUGAAAAAUCGGAGGAAUGCUGGAUCAUCAAGAAUAUUAGAAUCGCUCCCUGGGGUUAUCACGCGCGAGUUUAACGCGGCAAAAGAACAGGCACAAAAGCUGCAAAGUGAUAUACAGAAGAAGAAGGAGAAAGAGGAAGCAGAGAAGGCCAACGAAGAGGAACACACUCGUAUUGGCAAUCUUAUCGAAUGUCAGUGCUGCUAUAGCGAUGUUCCAGCAAAUCGGUGCCUGCCCUGCGAAGGAAUCGAGAUUCAUUUCUUCUGCUUCACUUGUAUUCGCAAAUCCGCCGAUACCCAGAUAGGGCUUAUGAAGUACACCCUGCAGUGCUUCGAUGUCAGUGGAUGCCAGGCUCCAUUUGCUCGGUCUGAGCUCAGGGAAGUCUUAGGUUCAUUGGUCAUGGACAAGCUAGACUCUCUCGAACAAGAAGACGAGAUCCAGAAGGCGGGGUUAGAAGGCCUGGAGGACUGUCCCUUCUGCUCUUUCAAGGCAGUCCUGCCCCCUGUGGAAGAAGACAGAGAAUUUCGCUGCGAGAGCUCUUCAUGCAGGGUAACUAGCUGUCGCCUUUGCAAAGAGAAAAGCCAUAUACCUAUGACCUGCGAAGAACUUCGAAAGGAUAAAGGGCUCUCUGAACGGCACCAGGUUGAAGAAGCCAUGAGUAAAGCUCUCAUUCGAAAAUGUCCCAAGUGCCAGGUCCAAAUCGUCAAGGAGUUCGGGUGCAACAAGAUGACAUGUACCAAAUGCCAUACUUUGAUGUGCUACAUAUGCCAGAAGGAUAUCACAAAAGACUCAUACCGCCAUUUUAAACCUGGUGGCUGUCCGCAGGAUGACAUGAACACGCAGUACAAUGAAGUUCUGAAAGCUGAACGGACGGCAAUCGAUAAGAUCCUUGCCGAGAACCCAGAAAUAACUGAAGAGCAGAUCCGAGUGGGACAUGUCAAAUCCCAGAGAUAUCAACGACGGUAUACUGCCGGAGCUCCAAUGUUCCCUGCCGGAGCUCCUAUGUACCCCCCAGAUUAUUUCCUGCACCCAGGUCUUUUCGGCGUCUACCAUGGACAAAUGGCUCGGAAUUUAACCCAGAAUGCAGCCCAGCUUGGGUAUUAUGGCCAACCUGAACAAGAAGGUAUAGCUGACAGAAGAGCUGCUCCCGCAUUUACCACUAACCAGGAAGAUGGUCAAGUUGGCAACCCAGCACAACAGCACACCAGAAGGGCCCAGUAUGAACCUUUUCAGGGCCUCCACCAUAACCUAUAUCUCCAACCUAAUGCCGCAACUCAUGUCCCAGUUCCUGUACAUGGCCGCGAAUAUCCUCCCUGGGCCAGAUUCGAUGGCAGAAAUGCGCAAUAUGAUAUGUUUCAACCUGAACCCCAACAAAGACAAACUAGGAAUCCAGAGCCCCUUGCUGCCCGUUAUAUGUAUGAUUUCUCUUAA